AUGCCUUGGGGCGCAAGUUUGAAACCUACAAUUGCCUCUUCCAAGGCUAGUUGUUUGUGUUUUUUGUUCCGUGUGGAUCCUUUCUUGGGCGAUAAACCGACGACAGAAAAGGAAAAGGAAAACAGAAGAAGGGGAAAAAGGGUAUACGAUAUCUGGCGACUGGCGACGGGAAUUGCUGACGAUGAGCUGGACCCUACAUUGCCGGUCGCUCGAACCCAUCCUGCGUUUGGAGGCGCCAAGAAAAGGAGAAGCCAGCGUCUAGCCGGUCCUAGAAUUGCAUUGGACAAUGAAUUAUCGUUAUCGUGGCUUUGCCGUCAUGCGGAUAUGUAUCCCCUCCCGGCCCAGGACUGUGAUACCCGAUACCUAGCUGGUUUCAACGUAUCAUGA